GCGCCAAGUUAUGAUCAAAAUACAAACAUGUGUCUUUAUGCAUCGUCCAUUUUCAUCAAAAGUGGCCAUAUAGGCGGCCCCUUCUUUGUUUUUGAGCUUCUUUGCAUGAUUUCUUCCUAUCUUGGACUCUUCUCAUUGAACAAUUUGUCAAUAUAUCUUGCAAACCUCCGUAGCAAUUCAUUUGUUGGCAAAAAAUGCCGCUUUCUUCAUGCAAUUGACCCGAAAUUUCGCCAAAUAUUUUAUGAAUGUGAUUUUACCUGAUUUCAUGAAACUUGAACCAAAAUAUAUAAACAUGCCUUGUUUUUAUAUUUUCAAUCCAAAAAUCGCUUAAAUUUUAUAAGAAAAGUAAGUACAAAAAUGGACUUAUCACGGAUUCUUUUUUAAUUUAAAGAUCCACUUCACUCCAAAUGUUUUGUGGUUUUUAGGCAUAUCUGUUAGUUCCCAAGUCCCAUUCUUUUGUACGGGGUCAAUUUCCAAUGCCAUAGCUUCCCUCCAUUUGUCAUUUCCUGCAGCCUCAGUAUAAUUUGAGGGUUCUUCUAUUGCCAUAAAACAUAGACCCACUUCUUCACUUACUUCUCUAGUGGCACCAUAAAUGUCUUUUAAUGAUCUGAAAUUUAAAUGCUCUUAACUUGAACUUGAGCUUGUGUGUGACCUAGGUGAUGUGAUUAGAGACUCUUGAGGUGUGUGAGGAUACAAAGGAUCAGUAUCCACUUCUUGAGAACUUGAUGUAUUUUCUAGUUGAUUUCCAGCUCUUUCCCCCUCUUUUACAUGGACUGUAAAGCUAUCAUGGCUGCUACCCUCUCCUUUGUGGUCUCCAGUCUCCCAGUUCCAACCUUUUUCUUCCUCAAAUACCACAUCUCUGCUUACUAGGAGAUUUCUUUUGUUUGGAUCAAAUAAUCUGUAAGCUAUUGAGCCGUCCUCAUAGCCAAGAAGUAUUGUUUUGACACUUCUAUCAGCUAGUUUGGUGAGAAAAGGUGAUACUACUUUAGCAUGAGCUAAACAUCCAAAUACACGUAAGUGUUGUACAUUUGGAGUUUUCUCAUACCAGGCUUGAUAAGGAGUCACCCCAUCCACACUCUUUGUAGGUGCUCUAUUUAACAAAUAAACUUAUGUUUUUACAGCUUCACCCCAAUAGCAGGCAGGCAUGGUUUUGCUUUUCAACAUAUUCUUUGCCAUUUCAGCAAUGGUCUGAUUUCUUCGUUCCACCACCCCAUUUCGUUGGGUGAGUAAGGUGCAGUUAAAUUUCUCUUAAUUCCCUCAUCAUUGCAGUAUUUCUUGAAAUCAUUAAAGGUAAACUCCCCACCUCUAUCAGUUCUAAAACAUUUCACUUUCCCAGUUACUUCACUUUCUGCUAAAUGCUUGAAUCUUUUGAAAGAUUCAAGUGCUUCUCCUUUAUGUUUUAUGAGGAAGAUCCACAUGAAACGUGAGUAGUCAUCAACAAGAAGUAAGAAAUAAUUGUUACCUCUUGUAGUAGGUGGUGAAAUAGGUCUACAAAGAUCUCCAUGAACUAGCUCAAGUCUCCUUCCAGCUCUGAAAGUUGAUUUCUGAGGAAAUGUAGUUCUGUGUUGUUUUCCCACAAGGCAUCCUUCACAUACUUGAUUUAUUUGAGGUAUUUCAGGCAUACCAUCUACCAUUUUCAGACUUGAUAACCUUCAAAGUGCUUGAAAAUUUAGAUGGCCAAAUCUAGCAUGCCACAACCAUGAUUUAUCUGAUAACUUUGUUAGCAAACAAACUCUGUAAGGAAUAAUUGUAAUUAGAUUUUGAUGAUGCUAGGUUAAUUAGAAUAUUAAAGUACCCCAUUAGAAUUUUUGUAAUAGAAAUUUUUCUAAGUGUAAUGUUGUAGCAUAUUCGACGGGACAGAGAACCUUAAGGAUCUCUGUUAGACCAGAGAGGCAACCAAGACAGAAGGUCAAGAUUUCAACAGAGUUGCCCUCUACUGCCUUUACCAGAAAUGCCCCUUACUUAGAAGAAUUCGAAGGAACUUCCAACGACCGUGAAACUAAUGGGAAAUUCCCUAACGGCUAGGAGCCAUUCGACGGAACAUGGUACUGUACACGCAUUAAAUGCCCAAUUAAUGCGGUAAGUACGAAGAUAUAUUUUAAAGCUGAUGAUUGACCAUGCGGGUAUCCUUUCGCCCCCAAAAUAGCAAGUCAAGGACCAACCGAUCAAAUCAAAUAGUACAAGCAUUUAAUGAAGCUGUCUUCUACACUCCAACGGGAAGACCGCUCUCAGCAGAUCUUCCUUAAGAGUUAACAGAAGGGAACUUGCCUUAGUAGUUUUUCCUGAGGCUACCCGGACAGAACUCAUAUCCGCUGUCAGGUCCAAUUCUGCCAACAGAACUCGACCUUCUUUGUCACCUUUCUAGACCUUCUCUGUUAAGUCAGUGUUGACUUAGAGAAAAGAUUGAAAAACCUGAAUAGUCUAUUCACCCCCUAGACUAUUCCUUGUACAAACAGGACCAACAAACUCUUUCUGCAAUCUUCAGAGUAUCUAUGAAGAGUUUAUUUUGCUGCCUCUGCACCUUGAGUAGGAGUCUAUUAGAAUCAUCAUGAAUUCUCAGUUCACCUCCUUUAAUUGAAACUUGGGUACCAUCUUCAUCAAGCUGUCCAAUGCUUAUAAUGUUGCUUUUUAACUUUGGAAUAUAAUAUACAUCUGAUAAGAUUGGGUUCUCACCAUUAUUGCAUUGGAACAUUACAGGCCUUUUUCCAUGUAUGUUAAUCAUUGAGCCAUCACCAAACUCCACCCUUCCUUGGACUGAUUGAUUCAUUUCAGUGAAAUGACUUCUAUCCCCUGACAUAUGAUUACUAGCUCCUGUGUCCAAAUACCAUUUUGACUUCUUCUGAUGGACAGCCCUAUCAUCUUCCUUUUCUAUCACAGCAUGAGUUUUGGUUAACUUACAUGACUCUGUCAUUAAUAGUGAAGGUUCCUCACCAUCUUCUUGCUCUGUGAUUUUUGACUUGUCAAAUUUUUUCUUUUGUUGUGGCUCUUCUUCCUUCCUUGGUGACCAAUUAUUAUUUCUACCCCUGCCACGUCCUCUUCCUCUACCUCCUCUAUUUCCUUUUGAUGAUUCUCCAUUUUCUCUUGCUCUGCACUAUGCUUGAGUAAGCAGAACUGUAUCCUCUUCUUUUGAAUCACAGCCUUGCAUCCUUUCUUCAAAGGCUUUAAGAGAACCUAUUAGUGCAUCUGAAGUUUUUUUUCUAUAUCUCCAAAAUUUUCAAUAGUAGAGGCAAUUUGCAAGAAUCUAGGUGUGACAGAUCUCAAAAGUUUCUUCACAACUUUAACUUCUUCAAAUUUUUUACCUAGUCCUCUUAAGUUUGUGACAAUUAUUUGCAUUUUUCCAGCAUACUCAUCAAUGCAUUCUCCUUCAUUCAUUUUCAUGGAUUCAAAUUCUCACAAAAGGGACUGGGUUCUUACCUCUUUCACUUUAUCUGCCCCAAGAUUCAUGUUUUUCAGCAUAGUCCAAGCUUCUUUGGCCGUUCGUUUUGCACCAAGCUGUAGGAGAGUAUCUUCACUUAUCCCUUAAUAAAUUGCUGCCAACGCCAUCUUAUCUUUGCGUGUCUCAACAGCUCUUUGUGUUUCCACAGCUUCCCAUACUCCUUGAGCCAUCAUAAAGACCUCCAUUUUGAUGGCCCAAGCAGCAUAAUUGCUUUUGGUGAGCAAAGGGGUACUGCAGGUUAACUGCUUCUUUGUCAUGUGAGUUUCCUUCUUCAUUUGAUUCCCUAGACAUGUUGAAUUGUUUCCUUGGAGCUCUGAUGCCAAAUGUUGGAAACAAACAUACGCACGCAAACGGAAGCAAGUGAUAUUAUACUAAUGAUAUAAACUAAACACCAUUGCAAAGUACUUUCUUUAACACUGUUUUCAUUAAUUUUUCAAGGGGAAAAACCCAACUCUCGUUGGAUGAAAAAACCCCUUACACACUCCUUAAAUACAUAAGUUACAUGAUGCAUGAAAACUGAACACGAACUAUGACAAAAACUACCAAAUAAAAAAACUGCCAUGCCCACGUUCAUGCGUACGUGCAUGAAGUGGUAGGAGACCCUAAUGAUUCAUGCAUACGUAUAAGGACAAAAGUAACUGCCUAAGUCUAGAGUGGAAUAGUCAAGUUUACUUCCUACAUAUUUCUUCCAUUCGAAACCCUUGGGUCGUGUGUUGGGCCUACGGGUUGACAGAAUAAACCUAUAUAUAUAUAUAAGAGAUCAAAUACAAACCAUGCUUAAAGAACUAACCUACAAACUCAAUAAUAUGCAGCACUUUGAACUUCAAUAUGCUGUAAAAGUAAUGUAAAGAUGCAGUGGUGAGAUCACAUAAAAACUAGUCCUCUCAUUCAAAUCAUCUUUACAUUAUUUGUAUUGCACAUUGAAGUUCAAAGUGUUUCAUAAUAUUUAAGCCAUAAAAUAGCUGUUUCAUAUUUAUAAUUAUUUCUAUUGCAUAUUGAAAUUCAAAGAGCGCAUCUUUACAUUAUUUGUACUGCAUAUUGAAGUUCAAAUUGUUGCACAUUAUUAAGUUUGUAGGUUAGUAAAUUUAGCAUGGUUUGUAUGUGAUCUCACCCCUAUACACACACACACACACAUAUAUAUAUAUAUAUACACACAUAGAGAGAGAGAUGUUCCUGUCCAGCAGUUUGGACAGGAGCUGCCAUCCGAAAUAGAAAGGCUUCUUGAGGAGGGAGAGUACCCUCUCAUUCAUGGAGAUAGGCUUGUUGUUAACUUGUUCUAAGGUAUCUCUUUGCGCUGAACUGCAGAUUUUAUUGAACUUACGCUCAGUUCUUAACUAACUACUGCUUUUAAGGAUUAACUUUGUCAACUCGCUACGACACUCAUAUUGAGCUCAAUCCUACUGGUGAAUGUGUUGUGCUGCUGAAGAAUUGUGUCAGAGACAAUGCUAGGAAAAUUGAAAGGCUUGUGCGUACAAAGCGGUAUGAGAGUGCUUUGCAGAUCAUUUUUAAACCACGCUCACAUCCUAGGACGGAUGUUUCGUCUUUGGAAAGAACAUUGAGUCAUGUACGUACCUGUUUUGCUGAUUUGAUUGAAAUUCAAGUUUAGAAGGUUUAGCUGUUGUUGGUAUUGGUGUAUUGGCAUGUAACUUAGUAAUUACCUCACUGCCUUUUGACAUUUUUGUACACUCCUAACAGUGUCCGUUGUCCUUUCCAAUAUGAUGCAGUCCCCUGUUGUGUGGAUUUCGGGGAAGCUCAGUUUGGCAGAUACUUUAGAGGAAGGCUUCUACGUUGGAUGUGACUACUAUAACCGCAAGGUUCACUUUGUUGAAGGCGUUACUUUUUGGUGCUUCUUUUAUGGGCAGACGAAAGGACGCACCGUGAAAAGGUUUGCCUCUUAGCCCAAUGUUUGUCGGUACAUAUGGAAUGCAAUAUCAUGUCUCAAAUUUGUUGCAGGUUUAGGCUGACUGCUUUCGUAAGUGAUGAUAUUGACCGCAUCACAGUGACACUGUUUACGGCUGACAUCUUGUUGUUGCUUGAGUACGCAUGCAUGCACGCAACCUCGGAAAUUGAUCUUGAUGCCUUGAAUGCAGAGUUGCAGAAACUUCAAGUUGUUGUUGGUAUAAGGUGUUCGCGGGACAGUGAUGAGGGAAUGCAGAACAAUCCCUACAACAUUGUGUGUCUUUGUGCAGAUCAACCCCCCCCCCCCCCCCCCCCCCCCCCUUGAAUGCCAAGUCCCUGGAUGCCACAUCAUCGGCUGAGGUUGCACCGCUGCUCGAGUCAAAGAAGAAACUCAACUUUCAGUCAUUGAAUCAGCUGCCACCUCCUCAAACUGGCUCCCCAUCCUGCAAAACUCAGCACAAGGAAGAUAGUGAACCAGAAGAACCACUUGCCACCUUGCACAUGGAAAAACGCAAGCAAGAAACGUCGUAGGAAGCUGCUAGCGCGUUCUGUUGUUUUGUAACUAAAAACACACAUGCUUGUACAACAACACUCUAUUUUGCGUUUAAGACAGCUAUCUAUAAUUACUGGAAAAGUUUGAUUGCCUCAGGCAACUUACUUUCUGUUUAAUUAUGGUUGGUAUGGGUUGUUUGUACAAUAUUUUUUGGGGGAGUUACUCCACCUUUUGUAACAAAUUCUAAACUCAUGCACUAGUUGUUCA